AUCUGCCAUGAGUUCCUGCGUCGUUUGCGUACAGCAACCGACGGCAUGGAAGACAAGGCUGCAAUCAUGCUUAUUGAGAGCCCGGCGGGCAAGUACAGCGUGGUGAACCAUCGCCACUAUGCUGUCACCAAUGGUGGUAUGGUGAUGCACGGUUUGACGAGGCCACUCAAUAGCGAGAUUGUGAAGAUCGCGCCCAGGGGACACGUAGACUGUAUUGCAUUUGGUUGGGUUGCAUCGCUGAUAAUAUAA